UGGGUUUAUCCGGUUGGCCGCUGCCAGCGCGGGAUCGCGCCCGGGCGGCUCCGUAAAGAAAAAAAAGAAAAGCGGGGAUCUCGGUGUGACAGCUCAGACUGUCCACGUCAACACACCGAGCGAGCACGGCGGCGGAGAUGGACUACGCGACUCUGGAACCCUCCCUCUACACAGUGAAAGCUGUUUUCAUCCUCGACAAUGAUGGCAACAGACUUCUGUCCAAGUACUACGACCCCGAGCUUUACCCCUCCAUGAAGGAACAGAAGAACUUUGAGAGGAACGUCUUCAACAAGACACACAAGGCCGACAAUGAGAUCGCUUUCCUGGAAGGGAUGACCGUGGUCUAUAAGAGCAGUAUCGAUCUCUUCUUCUAUGUAGUGGGAAGUCCUCAGGAGAACGAGCUGAUGCUGGUGGCAGUCCUGAGUUGCCUGUUUGAGUCCCUCAGUCAGAUCCUCAGGAAAAAUGUGGAGCGCAGGUGUUUACUGGACAACAUGGAGGGAGUGUUCCUCAUUGUAGACGAAAUCAUUGAUGGAGGGGUGAUCCUGGAGAGCGACCCCCAGCAGGUCCUACAGAAGGUCAACUACAGGGUGGAUGAAAACCCAUUGUCUGAACAAAGCGUGGCACAGCACAUAACAGAAAAACUGGCGCUGACCUCACAUGUCCUGCAGUCAGCUAAGGAGCAGAUAAAAUGGUCCAUACUGAAAUGACAUGGACCAGACAUAUUUAGGUUUGUCAAGAAAGCUCUAGUCUGGAGCACAUUUGUAGUCAUAAAACUUUUUUAAUUUAUUCUAUUAAGGCUACUAAGCCUGAAGGGAAGGACCGGCUACUUGAUGUGGCAGUAAGAGGAUCAUCUUUCUCGUGUGAUGGCAUUUUGUUACAUUACGUAUGACAGGUAAUUAGCUUAUUCUGAUUCGGGAGCAGUGUUAGGUCAUGUGCUCAUGCAGGUUUGACGUUUAACAGCCAAAUUAGAUUAUGGAGAAAUACACACAAACACCUCUGAAAGCGUAUUUAAAAAGAAUGUAACGACAUUAAACAAAUGUGUGAGAGGGAACACUGUGUUACUGUUGCACUGUCGGUAAAACACCUUAUUUUCCUAAAGUGGUAUUCUCGCAUGAAGUUAAAUUUAAUAUUUGUACAUAUAAUUAAAGGGACCAUGAAGAUUUACGUGUAUACAGAAUAAUGUAUUUUCUGAGACGUAAUGAUUUAUAUUAAAUAUUUUCUUAGUUAAGAAGAACGAAAAUAAAAAGCCAAAGACAUUUUGUUACAUUUAUACGUUUUUGAAACAUUUGUCUGAUAUAGUUUUGUCUGUCCACUAUUUGUGAGAUUGAUAAUACAUUUAUUAAAGAACCAUUUAUUCUUUA